AUGGAGGACGGGCGGGCCGGAGGCUGGAGGCUGAGGAGGGGCAGCAGCCGCUCGCUGAUCCCGGCCCUGUUCACCAUCACCGAGGAGGAGGAGGGCCGCCGGAUGGUUCUGGUAGGUUCUGGAGAUGCAGACCGGCGCUCCGUGUCCACCAUGAACUUAUCCAAACACGCCGACCCUGUGAUUACCAAGCGCCUGUCCUCGUCCUCGGCCACACUCCUGCACUCACCGGACCGAGGGCUGCGCCGCCUGCCGCUGACGCCCUGGGAGAGCAACGUGGUGAACCGCCUGCAGCAGCCGACGCAUUCCUACCUGGCCCGCAGCCGCAGCGCCAUGAGUCUGUCCGGAGAGCAAACAGCCAUGCCUGUGUGUCCUCGCUCAGUGUCCUGCCACCCGAUGGGCUCCAUGUCCUUCAAGGCCCUGCAGGCGGCGCCGCUGCCUCACUGCCGCAGCCACGACCGCAGCCUGAGCAGGGAGACGGCGUCCUCCACCUCCACCAACCUCCGCAGGAGAACCACCGGAGGAACCCAGAAGCAGAAGGACCGAGACAACGUCAGGAAGUCGUGGAGCAACCUGUCCCUCCCUCUGACUCCUCUUCUCAGUUUACCGCCCAGCAAACGCUCCUCCUCCCCGGGAAAGAGGAGCGGCAAAGUGACGGCGCCCCCUCCUGGCAGACCUCCUCAGAAGUCGGGUCGUCCUCCCACUCCGAAGCUGCUCAAGUCUCCGGGGGCAGAAGAUCCUGGAAACCUUCGUCCGGUCAGGAUCACGCCCGACAGCUCCGACCCGUCCACGCCCACCAGAACCCAGCAGGAGGAUGAGGAGCAGGCCCUGAGUCCUCCUCUGCCUCGACCUCAGCCGCUGGGACAGAACAAAGCCUCGACCGAAGCAGCCGGCGAGAGCGUGAGCAGCCCUCCGGCCCACAAGCCUUCAGCCGGAACCACAGAUCCAGAGGAGGCCAGUAGGAUCCUGGCCGAGAAGCGCCGCCUGGCCCGGGAGCAGAGGGAGAAGGAGGAGGAGCAGCGCCGGCAGCAGGAGGAGCAGGCCAGACUAGCCAAGGAGGAGAUGGCCCGCCGUAAGGCCGAGGAGAGGGCCAAGAGGGAGGAGGAGGCCCAGCGCCAGGCCGAGGAGAGGAGGAGGAAGGAGGAGGAGGAGAGGAAGGCCGAGGAGGAGAAGCUCCAGAAGGAGAAGGAGGAGGCCGAGAAGCUCCAGAAACAGAAAGAGGAGGAGGAGUGUCGGCAGCGGGAGGAAGCAGAGCGACUGAGGCAGGAGAGAGAGAAGCACUUCCAGAAAGAAGAAGCUGAACGUCUGGAGAGGAAGAAGCGUCUGGAGGAGAUCAUGAAGAGGACGAGGCGCUCAGACACGACAGAGAAGAAAGUCCGGAACGGAGACGAAGCAGGUACCGUUAGAAGUCCAGCUCCGUCUGCAAAGACUCACAGCAGCAACGGACGCCAGCCGGACCAGAACCCCGACAGCACAGAGCAGAACCACCCCGACCAGAGGGAGAACGGGGAGUUUGAGGAGGUGAUCGAGCUGCCUUCACAUUCCAGGUUGUCUCCUCCAGAAGGAGAGGAGGACCAGCAGCAGCAGCAGCAGGAGGAGGACAGGGUUCCUGUGGUGGCCUUCACAGAGAACGGCCUCCUGAAGCCUCUGAGAGACGACCUGUCCGCCCAGCAGGGACCAGACGUUGCCUGACGCCGUCGCAGGUCGUGAUGCUUCCUCACCAGGAGGUCGGAGGUCAGACAGGUGGAGAAACGCGGAGCUGUUGGACUGAAUCAAACCCAGAACUCUCAGCGCCACAUUCCGUCUUCCUCCCCAAGACGGCGUCUCCAAAGACCUCCCCGAACCGUUAGCUCCCCCUCAGCAGACUCUCUGGGGACGAGCCGGCCGCCAUGUUUGCUGCGAGCGCCGCCCCGAUGUCCCGAAAUCACAGGAGGACAUCGAACGCCUCGUCGUCUGUGUGUGUGUGUGAUUGUGAGCGUGAAUGAGAUAAUCAGCUGCCGAGUCUUCAGCCGUGAUACUUGAAGAGUUUUUUUUUUUUUGUUGCUGUAGAAACUGAGAAUCAGCAGAACCGGUACGAGAGGCUCAGAGUUAUAUUAAUGCAUUUAUUUCUCUUUAACUGGAACCUCGUGAUUUCAGCAUUUCUCCUGACGUGUGAUCAGAGUUAUAGGAAGGUGCAUGAAGCUGUGCUGCAGAGUCCGAUGAUAUAUCCUGCUGCGUCUCCAGUGUUUGAAAUAGUUGUCGGGUGACGGAGUAUUCUAGGUUUAAUCACGACGAAAUGAAAACGCUGAUCUCUCAGGCGACUGAGGAUUAGGCUGUAAACUCCUGAUUUCUGUUUAGUUUUAUUUAAUUGCUGUACAGAUGAAAUGUGAUUCUUUGUCGUCGCCCUCCUGCUCUCUCCUUUCAGUUGUUUUUUUCAUUUGGACCCCCGUCGGAGCGCCGCCCUGCUGGACGCUCCCGGUUUAAUGUCGGCGGUUGACUUUUGUUUUGGCCGAGCGAAGACCAGCCGGCUUAAAAAUGAUUAACUGGUGAUUAGAUGAUUGAUUUGAUUGAAGAAGAAAUGCUGCUAAUGUUGACGUUACUUUGCCUUACUGCAUCGUAGAAGGAACGAGACGUGACGUUCUGACAACAUCCUGUCACCAGAUUACAGCUGAUGGACGUUAGAUGGAGGCAGGUGAAGCACGCUUUGUGCUUUUCACUCUGUUUGCAUUCGGUUUUUGACUUUUGCACUUCAUCUUCCUUUGCUGUCCUGCAGGACCAACGACAUGCAAUAAAAGUCAGCGGUCGGUUUCACAAAGACGCUUCAAACUGGCCUACAGACUUAGACUUUUCUGACAUUUGAGUGCAACACAAGCUGGAGCCUGAGAACAGGAAACCUCAGCUGUUGGUAAUACUGUGGAGGAGUUUUCUGAAACCACAGAAACAGGCUCUCGGCUGAACUUUCCCUGUUAAAUGUCGUAAACUUGUGAAGGAAACAUCAGUUUUCUGGGCAGUCAGCUGAGUUUUUCACUUUAGAAAGGUCAGGAUUUACCCAUAAUUCAAGGCCAAACAGUCGUACGUCUUUGUGAAACCCUCCCCUGAUGUCUCGGUUAUCUGCUGCUAUCGACGCGAUAACUUGAUCCUAUAAAUUGUGUAUAAAAUAUUUUACUAAGAAGCGAGAAGCUUUGAGACUAACUGCAGACGAACGGUGCUGAAGGGAGGAGGUCUGUAAACCUGACAUCUCUGCUGCAGCAGCUCUACUGUUUGGCAAAUAAACCUUUUUGAAUUGA